AUGGACAUCGACAACGAACCCUCAGAACUGGGCGAGGAUGUCUGUCUGGAAUACACCGACUUCGGCCAGGACCUCGGCUUCCCCGUCACCUGGUCCGAGUCUGAAUAUGACGAAGACCAUCAGGCCGAAGAACCAGCAAACGAGUUUGCCGAGUUCUUACUCAUGGAUCCCAGCGAAGGCGAGCACCACUCGUUCGGCUUCGAGCAGCUCGAGCGUCUGCGGGCGUCGGCGAAGUACGGCCAGAUGAUCGCAGGCAUGGACGCCAGCCAGGACGGAAGCACGGACGACGAGCACGACGACGACAGCCACUUCGGGUACAUGAUCAUCGAAGAACUCGGGCCAGAUGAGGAUGAGGAGGAGGAGGAGGAAGAAGACGCCCAGUCGAUGAGCGCCGACGACGGCGCAACGACCGACUCCCUCGACGAGGACGAUCACUCCGGCCUCGUCCGCUUCGGCAUCGAGGCCGAGGACGGAAACCAGGCCUACUCGGACGACAACGACGACAACGACCAGCAGCAGCACCCCGAUGAGGAAGACGACGCCAGCUUCUUCGAUCUCCCAGCCACAUCAUCCACCAUCGGAUCAAUCCUCACCAACUUGGAUCUAUCAGUCCUCAGUACGCCCGGCUCGACGAACCCUGGAGAGGGUGGCAACCAGUCCGGCUCCCGGGAGAUCAAGCUUCCGAUCAUGGGCACGUUUUCGGUGGACCGAUCGGACGGGACGAAUGCGGGGCGGACGAUCAUCGACGAGGAGAAGUCGCUGCCCUUGUCGCCGUUCACGGGCGGGAAGGUGGUGCGCUACAACCAGUUCCGCAAGCUCCGCCAACAGCUCUGUAGCAGGGGGGAGAGCGAGCGGUCGUCGUCGGUGGCCGGGACGCCCAAGCCGACAGACCCGUCCCAGGACUCGGGCCCUCCCGGCCCCUCGACCAACAAUAUGGACAUCGAAAAGCCCGAGCCGGAGUUCGACAUCACGGCGUUUAUCCGGGGGAUCUCGUCGAUCGACGAGGGCUGUUCGGACGGCGAGCCGAAGACCGGCGGCGGGUACAACCACGACGGGGGCGAGGAUGAGGGGGAGGGGAGUCAGACGCAGGGCUCGAUGGGCACACUGGACGGCCUGUCGCGCUGGCAACGGGUCCCGAUGACCGCCUUCCGCCGCCGGAUGAUCGGCGGAUGUGCCGAGGAGGGCCACGGCUCGGAGGAGGAGGAGCGGAUGCUGCUCGACGGGGCCAAACACUCCCCCUCCGCCCUCCAUCUCUCCGGGCUCGCGGCGCCCAAGGUGUACGACCGCCGCGUCCACCGCAGACUCCGCAAGGCCACCAGCUACAACUCCAACGGCAAACAGUCCAAGCUCAACAGCCACCACCCCUCCCCCAGCCCCGCCGACGGCCUUCUCCAUCCCGCAGGGCCCGACCCCCAGCAGCUCCAGCACGGCCCCUCCGCGCUCGUCGACCACCAUCCCGGGGACGGCUUCCAUUCGAGACUCUUCGACCAGCUGCUCGACCUCGACCCGGCCGAGCUCAGCCUCGCCCACGCCGGCCCCACCCACACCGACUGCCCCGCUCACGGAUCUGGCUCGUCUUCUUCGGCCGCCGCCGCCACUACUACUACUACGCUCCUUCCCGCCUCCUUCCCGCCCCCGCCGCCCGCCUCGGCCUCGCUCCUUUCCUUCGACCACCUCGCCAUUCUCCACCCCCCUCCACCCUCCACCUCCACCUCCUCCCCGCCCAUUAAUCCCCGCAUCGACCUCGACCACCCCCCGCUCCUCAGCCUCAUCGACAACAUCUAA